AUGGAGCUCGUCAGCUCUCCCUUAACGGCAAUGUACACCCAUCCAAGAUCAACACCCUCCAAGUUUCUGCCUGCCAUCAGCACCAUGGCUUCGAGCUAUAAGAACCGUUUUCCUUACUACCCCUUGCCUGAGAGCUUCAGCCUCCCCUGGAUGCCCAAUACUUACUAUAAAACAGCUGCCAUCAACCCAACUUUGCGUCCCCUUUCCACGCAGUCCCAGGGAUUAACCUCAAGCAAGACGGUUCCUUUGGUUCCCAACAGAACAACCCUCUUCACCUGGUACACCACUGACGACUGGAACAGGUCCAACCUGACCAACUGCAAAGAGUUGGAGAGCUCCCGGCGCAACGCCGAGUGUCUGAGAACCGACAACUGCCACAUGAUUCAGGAUACCUAUCAGCAGGGAAGGAAAAUCCAAGCACAAAGCACCAAAGACCUGGGAAAACGUGUUAAUGACAUUGAGUUUUGGAAAGCGGAACUCUGCCAUGAGCUGGAUGCAAUGAUUGGGGAGACCAAUGCACUCACAGAUGUGAAGAAACGACUGGAGAGAACCUUGGCUGAGACGGAGGCCCCUCUCCAGGUUGCGCAGGAGUGCUUGCUUCACCGGGAGAAGAGGAUGGGCAUUGACCUGGUCCAUGAUGACGUGGAGAAACAGCUCUUCACUGAAAUGGAUGUCAUCAGGUCCUGCCAGGAGAGGAUGCAGUCACACCUGGAGAAGGCGAAAGCCCAGCUAGUGUCCAGCAGGGCAGCCCAGCACGAGCUAGAGAAGGACCUAGCUGAUGAGCAGAUGGCCCACCGCAUUGAUGACAAGUGCCACCACCUGAGGAACACCUCCGAUGGCAUCAGCUACUACCGAGGGGUGGAGCGGGUCGACGCCACUAUCACAGUUUGCCAGUCAUGGGCCAAGUUCACAGAUGGCAACAUCCUUUCCUCCCAGAGUGAACGGGCGGCCUCGGCCAAGGAGCAGAACAACAUCGAAAACCUGCUGGUGGUGACAGCCAACGAGAUGUGGCACCAGUUCAACAAGGUCAACGUCGCCUUCAUCAACCGCAUCGCCGAGGCAGAUGACACCAAGAACAAGAUCCAGACCCACCUGGCCAAGACACUGCAGGAAAUCUUCCAGAUCGAGAUGAACAUAGCAGCCAUCCAAAAUGCCAUUAGGGACAAAGAGGUUCUGUUAAGGGCUCAGACCCGGCUGGAUGAGCGCACGCGGAGACCAAACAUGGAGCUGUGCCGGGACACUGUCCAGCUCCACCUUGUCAAUGAGGUCCACCAAAUCCAGGAGAUGCUCCAGAGCCUGUAUGAGCGGCUGAGGGAUGCCAAGGACACCCUGCAAACGCUGGUUGGUGCCAAGGCGGUCCUGGAGCACGACCUGGCGGUCAAAGCCAACUCGCUCUUCAUCGACCAGGAGAAGUGCAUGGGGAUGCGCAAGAACUUCCCCAGCACCGUGCGCCUGUUGGGCUACGUUUAGGCUGGGCUCAGCUCAGCUCAGG